UUUGAAACAUACUCGAAUUGAAAUUUAAUAGAACCUCGCAGGCUUGCGCGUUACAUCGCAUUCGCGCCCCAAAUUUAUCGUUGCUACAGCGCAAAAUUUCCUUAUAUGGAUGUCUUUUGCACACGUUACUCUUGGCGCCAAUAUUUCAGACAAUAUUGAACAAUUGACGGAAAAACUGAGGCGAUCCAAUCCCUAACAUCAUGAUAAAAUACAUCGCUUUAAUCGGUUCAUUCCGCAAAUCGGAAGUACUCGAAAUGCACGUGAGAAAAAGGUAAUUUGCAAACGAGACCAAUGGCGGACGAUCCGAACCGUGACAUUCUCCCAGUUAAAGAUGAUUCCUGCUACGGAAGCGUUCGAUGCUCCAGCGAAAUAGAUCCCAGAGAACGUCACGUUGUUUGCAAGCUCGACCGUUACCAAUUAGAGGACAGGUACUUGAGGUUGCUGGAAGAGGUCCAAGGUCUGAAGAAAUUGUCCAACAGUCAAGAAGAUAAGAUCAAGAGGCUAGCGACAAAAUUAAUGCGAUCCGCAGCCUCCUCCAGAACCUGUCCUGCCGUUCUAACAAUUAACGAUGAACGAGAGAGAAUCGCUCGGCUGGAGCUAGAAAAUGCUAAAUUAAAAGACAAAGCCUACACGUUGAAAAACCAAUUGCUAAGUCACAGGGGUCCUAGAUCACCGUCACGAUGCCGGCGUAUUCCAAGUGGCGUAUCUUCCGGUCCUACGACAUAUCGAAGCGAAAGUGCUCGGACAAAGUAUAAUCAACCGCCUCCACGAAAUGGAGUUGAUGAUAACGAUGCACAGAACUAUCUUGUGAAAAUUGAGGAACUUGAGACGCAGAGAAAUGAAAUGAUGACCCGGAUAGCCGAUCUCGAGGGUCAGAUCGCGGUACACACGGCUGGCAUACAAAGGGAGAAAGUCCAGGAAAAUGUAGAGUACAUCCGAAUGUGGCGUCAGAUGAAACAAUCCAACGACAAACUGAUAUCAGUGCAAGCUGUGAACGAAACGCUCCACUCUCAGAUAGGAGACUUGAAGAGACUUCUGGAAGAGACGACUAAAAGCAACAGAGAACUGACAGCGGCGCUGGUGUCUCAGAAGCAACGCUUAUCCGAGGUGGACGACCAGUUGACAAGUGCCAAAGACUCGCAAUUGAGUUUGCGAGAAAAUCAGGAACAGAUAAGGGAUCUCAGUAACGAGAUGAAGAUCCUUCAACAGCACAACAGUGAGUUGAUUUCAGUCAGCUCAAAAUUCGGUCAGAUCGAGCUGGAAAACGUGGAAUUGAAGCGGAAGGUGGCCGAGUGUAUGCAGGAGAAACAGAGCUUGAAAAACGCUAUCCAGUCGGAGCAGGCUUCGCACGCAGCAUUGAGAGUGACGAACGACAAGCUGAUAAAGAAGCUUGAAGAGCUGCAGAAGAACAUGGACAACCUGACGACACAGCUGGUGCAGAAUCGGGGAGAAGGCCGACGAUUCCUCGCGAAGGGAACCCAGACGGAACUGAAACACGCGGAUAAAAACACCUGGACAUCGGUUGCGUCCUGCAGUCAUUCCGUACCAUCUGACGAGGAAAACGAAACGCUCUCCGAAAGCGGACAUGACGAGCAUUGUGCGGAUAACAGCGAGGCGCGCACCUUGAAAUUUUCAAAAAAAAGCUCUAGCCCGGGAAAUACUGCCAGGAAAAAAGUGGAAGUAAAAAAUCGCCCCAGUGCACAGAGCAGGCCAAACUCUCGACCAAAUUCUCGCACGAUUUACAGGAGAGUCGAUAGCAAGACAAAACAGCCCCAUCGUACUCAGAGUCCGUCUAUGUCGCGUGAAAAAAUGCUCAAGCUGCUGGAUCAGGCCCAGAUAAGUACACCACUGGAGGCACAAAAUGCCGCGAGAAUGCGGCAGAUUGAUGUUGCGACCGGUCAAAAUGACGCUUCGAAAUACCCCGAGCCCUAUAGGCGGCCUGAAAUUCCGCUGUCACGUUCAAACGAUGCUGUGGCCUUAACGGAUGUCCCGUCAACUCCCUCCGACGAAGAAGCCCAAUGUCACGGACAGACCGAAUCCUUCGAUCCGAAACAUAUCCUUUUAUCACUUUUUGAAAUCUUAAAGUGCUACAGUGAGAUUAUGUGCAAAACUAAAUGCAGGAAUUACACAUGUGAUAAAUUGGCCGUAACGUGCAGCACAGAGAAUUGCAGCUCUUUCAAAUAUCAACCGGAGGAUACAGCCUCAGAAAAAAGUUCGGAAAGAGGACACGAGGGAAAUAGAACCGGCGAAAGUCUGUGCGAAAAAUUAAGAGACCUCUACAGCAAAUCACAGUUUUCGGAGGGGCGAAGUAACAAGGAACGAAAUCUGCUGCACAAAUUCACUGAAACUAUGUGCUGCACCUGCGAUUCAAAUCACAGAUGCUGCGCCACGACGGAUUGCGGUUACGGCUGUUGUACACGGGAACCGGAACCGUGUUUAGCACUUUUGGAAAGAAAACAUUUUUCCCACUGCAGUAAUCCGAUGGAUGGCAAGCUCGGGAGAGUCGGAGAAAUCGGUUUGACGAUUCAGGAGACCUUUAAGUCUAUGUUUAUGGGGCGAGAUAGCAAAUGCGAAUGCGAUGAUGAAUACCGUGACCAUUGGAGUGAAAUGAAUCCAGGGAUUGGAAAAAAUUUGCAAUCAUCGAUUUGCAAAAGUCCGAAAGCGAUCUCGGAUGAACUGGAAAAACGCAAGGAACUGUUGCACGUCCAAUACAAUCCGAGCAGUGUUUACAAGGAGACAAGCGUUUCUUGCUGCGGGAGCGAUUGUCAUCCAUCGAACGAAUGUGGUGAUACACCUGUGCUUUGCGAAAUUUCUACGUUUCCGAUGCUCAUCACCGAGGGACAAGGACUCGUCGAGAUCCACAUACUGUCUCUGCAACUAUCUACAAAGGGCGCGCAGCGUAUAUUCAAAAACGACUCGGAGAAUGCCGCUGUGUUUAUCAGCUGGGACAUAUGGGGCCAAGAAACGGCAUUCACCCCGAUGUCGAAGUAUCCUUCGCUGAGCUUCAAUUCAUCUUCGGUGUAUCGAGUGUGCGAGCUGCAGAAUUUUUUCGAUUGCGUACUUCGAGAAAAAAUUAUUUUUCAGGUCCAUCUGAUUAAUCGAGACGAAGAGACGUUUACGAUAGCAAAGGCGCAGCUCAGCGUCAAAGACAUGCUGGAUUAUCCGCAAAACAAGCUUCACUAUGUAACGCCAGUUUUCAGCCUGAUGCCAUGCUCGUGUGGCGCUAAUCUUGGACAAUUAUCAUUGUGGGUUCGGCUCAGCUGUGACAUUGAUUUGGUUGAAAGGUUCAAAGACCGUUGUGGCUUGGCACCGGCCGUUUCGAGAAAUCAGAUAAUGCAGAUGCGCACCAACCCUCGUGUCAAUACUCACCCCGAACUGAUCGCCUCGCCAGUUUGUGAUAGGCAACAAGAAACGUCGCAAGAACUGCCCAAAGACCCAAUGGAGCAGUUGACGACGGUCAACAAUUAUCGAUUGAACACCAUUCAGGAAGCUGAGCUGGAAAAUCAAGCCGACCCUUCUCAGAAGUUCGACAAACAAACGGAAAAUCCAGAAGAAAAACAGCCGGACGCCAAAAGUCACAGUAACGAUUACUCGAUGUCAACGAAUGCAACCAACGAAAAUGACUCUCAGGAUAGCGAUACUGAAGCGAAUACUUCCACCUACGAUAGGUCACCUCGCGAUUUUAGACUCGCAAGUUUGCAAAAUAAACUGGAUAGCAGUCUGCAGAUUGAAUCGAGAAGUAUCACCGAGUUUAACAAUGUCUUGAAAAGUCAAACUGAUAGAUCGGCUGUUCACGGAACGGAAAGUACGUCAAACGACUUGGGGACGGUAAUUUCCGAUGAGAAGUGGCAAAAAUAUAAACGUAACAGCACCCGUAACAGUAUCAGCUUUAAAGUAAAUUCCGAAGACUCAAGCGCUGAAAAUAUCCAGGAUACGGUUAUGAACAAAGAUGCGCAAGCAUCACCCGAGGAUACGAUUACUAUAACAAUCCUAUCCAUGAACCUUUUCGAGAAAACUAGUAUCAUGAAUGAUCCGGAGGUUCAGUUGCUUUACGUUGAAUAUAUUUUUCUCGGACUGCGAGGUGCUGAUAUGGAGACCCCCUCAUUACCCAAGCCAAAGAAUAAGGGUGAAACGAUGGUCUAUAAUUUUAUUAAACAAUUCCAAGUUGACGAGGAGUAUCAUAAUUCGCAGAGACUGAUGUUGAAUGCCAUGUUGACCGGAGCCUCAAACCCAAUAAUCAGAUUUGUUAUAGUGAGUGAACCACUUCCCGAGGAAAUGGAUCGCAAAGAGUGCAUCGAAGUCGGGCAUGCUGACCUUAACAUACGAGAGUACGCAUUAGGUGAUGGAUUGAAAAACAUCCCACUCAUAAUUAUGAAUCCAUUACAGUCGGAGCAAAUCGGAAUGUUGAAGAUAUCAAUCGUCGGCAUCGAAGUUAUUCGGGAUUGCAUGAUGCUUCAAACGCAGUUUUGAAAUUAGAUGAACCGAUUGAAACAGUGAGAGGAAUCAGAA